AAAGAUUAGGGUAUGUAUUUUAUUGCCUAAAUGAUGUACGCUCUCACUACGGACAUUGCACCUGAAGCCAUUGAACAGCUGUUAGAAUAUCUGCGGGAAGGCAAAGAGCACCUUGACAAACUGAAGGAGCAGAAACAAGUACUUCAGGAGCAGAUUGAAAAAGAAGAAAGUCAUCUCAUGGGUAUCAAACAUGACGUCCAGUGGCGUCAACUCAUGGCGGAGGUAGAGGUGAUUCGAAAUGAGGAAUACUUACACAAUGACAAAAACGGAGGAAAUAGCAUCGGCAUUACCCACCUGUGCGUCGUCUUUGAGGAUGCUAUUCAAAAAUUCAAAAGCAGCCUCAUCCAACCCGAGGACUACGAUUCCGGCAGUGGAGACGAGUCUGUUAUUCCAUAUAGUGACACUGACGAUUACGCAGACUUCACUAUUGUCGAAGAUGUCAUUGAAGAUGCAUUAGGGGGAGUGGAGUCCUUGUUAAUGACAAACAGCACAACACAGUCAGGGUGCUCGCAUACCAGGAAAUCAUCCUUCGCAUCGCUAUAUGCCCAAGAGGCUUUUGCGGACCACAAGUUCAGUGCGUCGUCAAAUAGUUCACAAACUUGUUCCUUUUCGUACGAAUCGGUUCUCGGUAAAGACCGGAUGACCACCGCCAGGAAAGGUAGUUGCAGUGAUGCGACUGAUGGUGGUGAGGAAUAUCGAGCCGCGCGCCGCCGUGGACUUUUGCUUCUUUUAGUACUCUCAUUGUAUGUGGGACGAAUUGAGGAGCUUUGCGGCUUUGGCGAGAUACCUGAUCAGAGUGAUGUUCCAAGCGCGGACGCCGAUGAGGCCCGCGACAGUGUUGUGGCGAUGUGGCAAUCAUUGCUUUAUGAAUCAAGGGUCCUGACAGAAGAUGAACGAAAAGAGUGGAUUAGCAUAGUCACCAGAUACCUUGGCUCUCCGUUCGAUACCCCACCUUUGAGAAGUAUUAUUUGAAGAUCUAUAGGAAAAUAGACGCAAUAUGCUAUUUAUUUAUUGCGAGAACUGAGUAAAGUUGGCAGCAUCAAAGUGGUUACAGACUACAGAACAUGUUAAAGACACAAAUAUCAUAUUUAUGUUUUUGAACCUUUUAAACAAGCUAUUCCUUGGAUACAACCUUCCCUCCCUCUUAGAGUAUUUUACUGCAAUGUUUUAUUUAUAGAUUGCUGAUUGUAUCGGCAUU